AUGUCUUUGAUUCCGGGUGAAGAAAAGACAUAUUUCAAUUCGGAUAAUGUCUUGAAACAAGAUAAUAAUUCUCAAAUUGAAGAUGACGAGUUCUCACCUGAAAUUUUAAAUACCUUCUCCUGUUUCAGAAUUCCUGAUCAUAAAUUAAUUUUGAAGGUUAAUGUGUCGGUUAUGCUAUUGAGAAAUAUUGAUCAGUCAAGAGGUUUAUACAACGGCACAAGAUUGCUUAUUUCAAGAUUGGGCAACUGUUUUGUUGAAGGAACUGUUCUUAUCGGAAGUAAUAUCGGAGAAACUGUGUUAAUAAUCCCUAGAAUGACGAUGAGCCCUUCAAGUCAUUCAUUUCCAAUACAUUUCCAAAGAAGACAAUUCCCACUAGUUGUUUCAUUUGCCAUGAGUAUCAACAAGAGACAAGGACAAUCUCUUUCGCAUGUGGGCAUUUAUCUCUCUAAGCCCGUCUUUACUCAUGGGCAAUUAUAUGUGGCACUUUCACGAGUAAAGAGCAAACAAUGA